AUGACCCAAGACCUGGAGAAAACAAGCUCCAGCCAGGAUGGGGACCAAACCGUUUCCGAGAAGCUUCCAGAGAAAGGAAAGGAGGGUAGCAUGAAGGACUACCUCCGUAUCUUCCAGUACUGUGAUAAAUACGACUGGAUGCUAAAUGGAAUUGCUGCCUUCUGUGCUAUAGCUAGUGGAAGUUCACUACCGCUUAUGACAUUGAUCUUCGGAAGUUUCACCAACAAGUUCAAUCAAUUCAGCGUUGGUGCCACAAGCCCUGCCCAGUUUAGGGAUGAUGUGGAUUCCUUCGUUCUGUGGUUCAUUUACCUAUUUGUCGGAAAAUUUUUCGUCACUUACAUUGCGACCGCUACAAUCACAAUCUCCUCAAUUCGAACAACAAGAAAGCUCCGCGAAGUAUUUCUCGCGCGCACGCUGAGGCAAGAAAUAUGGCAUUUCGACAAGCAAGGCAAUGGAGCAAUCGCGACUCAAGUCACCACCAACAGCACCAGGAUUCAAGGUGGGAUUGCGGAAAAGCUCACCUUCGCCGUUCAAGCUCUUGCUAUGUUUUUUGCUUCCUUCAUUGUCGCACUUAGCGUCCAGUGGAAGUUAGCCUUGAUCACAAUGUCUGUCAUACCUGCCAUAUUCCUUGUCACUGGAAUAUGCGUCGGGAUCGAUGCGAAGCAAGAAGCCCGAAUCAUUCGCAUAUAUUCCCGAGCUGCUGUACUUGCAGAAGAGGUGCUAUCAUCAAUCCGUACAGUAAACGCGUUUUGGGCGAAGGAGAAGAUGGCACGUAAGUAUAAUGUGUUUUUGGAACAGGCACAUAAGGAAGGGAAUAAGAAAUCUCCCAACUAUGGUGUUCUAUUCUCAACAGAAUAUUUUUGUGUCUACUCCGCCAUCGCCUUGUCAUUCUGGCAGGGGUACCGGAUGUAUCUGAGCGGUGAGGUCCAGGAUGUGGGUAAAGUUUUCACUGUGGUGCUCUCUGUUACCAUUGCUGCGACGUCUAUCUCUACACUCGCUCCACAAAUCACUUCCUUCACCAAUGCCGCGUCUGCCGCCGCCGAGCUUUUCACCAUCAUUGAUAAAUCGUCACUCUUGGAUCCACUGGACCCCUCGGGAAAACAGCCCAGAACUUGCGACGGCAACAUUGAAAUCAAGAAUCUCAACUUCGCUUAUCCAUCUCGUCCAACAGCUCAAGUACUCCGCGAUUUCAGUAUCUCGAUUCCUGCUAGCAAGACGACAGCGCUGGUAGGGGCAUCUGGUUCUGGCAAAAGCACUCUAGUGGGUCUGCUGGAAAGAUGGUACGUUCCAGAAUCCGGUCGCAUUAUCCUCGACGACAUUGACCUUCCUGAAUAUAAUGUCAAAUGGCUUCGAAGCAGGAUCCGACUAGUCCAGCAGGAGCCCAUCUUAUUCCGUGGUACCGUUUUCGAGAACGUUGUCAAAGGUUUAGUGGACGACCAGCGAGACUUGCCACGAGAGCAGCAGAUGGAGCUUGUCCGUGAGGCCUGCAAGGCAAGCAACGCAGAUGAAUUCAUUGUGGAGCUUCCACAGGGCUACGAUACCGAAGUUGGAGAGCGGGCUGGUACCCUUAGUGGUGGCCAGCGUCAGCGUAUUGCUAUUGCUCGCAGUAUCAUCUCGAACCCCAAGAUAUUAUUACUCGACGAGGCAACUAGUGCACUCGAUCCAAAGGCUGAAAAGGUGGUGCAAGAUGCUCUCAAUCGCGUUUCCAAGGAUCGGACAACAUUGGUCAUCGCCCACAAACUGGCAACUGUCAAAACUGCUGACAACAUUGCUGUCAUGUCACAAGGAAAAAUUGUCGAGCAAGGCACUCACGAGGAACUGAUCGACCUGAACGGUCACUACGCUUCUCUUGUACGAGCACAAGAUUUGGGAGCUGAUGAGGCAGAGGAAAAUGCGCAAGAUUUGAGCGAGAAGGCUGCAGUCGAGUCAACUGGGGAACGUCUUGCACUGCAGAGGACCGCGACUGGCGUGACAUCGCUGGCAGGAGAUGUUGAAGCUCAGAAAAAGCGCAUCGGAACGCUCGAUUACUCGCUUAUUCGCUGCAUUUGGAUCAUGUUCCGGGAACAGAAGAAUUUAUACUGGUGUUUUGCUCUGUCAACAAUCGCUUGCCUGAUUGGAGGUGGAACUUUCCCCGCCCAAGCAAUCCUCUUUGCACGCCUCUUGACCAUAUUCCAGGUUACCGGACAAGAAGCCGUUGAUCGGGCCAAUUUUUUCUCACUGAUGUUCUUCGUUGUCGCUCUAGCGAACCUGGUUGCCUACUUCGUCAUCGGCUGGCUAUGCAAUAUCAUUGGACAGACUGUUACGCACAGGUAUCGAGCCGAACUGUUCGAGCGCAUGUUGGAGCAAGAUGUGGAAUUUUUCGACAUUCCCAUGAACACUUCUGGAGCGCUGACUUCCAAAUUAUCCGCCGUGCCGACGGAUAUCCAGGAGCUUGUUAGUGCAAACGUUCUCCUUAUUUUCAUUGUCCUCGUCAACGUUGUAUCUUCCAGCAUUUUGGCACUUGCAUAUGGUUGGAAGUUGUCAUUAGUGGUCAUCUUCGGUGCCUUACUACCAAUCCUCAUUGCAGGAUAUCUGCGAAUUCGCCUUGAGGUCAAGCUUCAGGAGAAGAAUUCCGAGAACUUUUCAGAUAGUGCCGGAUUGGCCAGUGAAGCUGUCGCUUCAAUCCGAACAGUGGCCUCACUGACCCUCGAGUCACAGAUCUUAGAGGAAUAUGCAGGCUUGCUGGGCAGCAUCGUUCUUCGAUCCACCAAAGCCUUAAUCUGGACUAUGUUCUGGUUCUCCCUGUCACAGUCUAUUGAGUUUCUUGCAAUGGCUUUGGGCUUCUGGUACGGUAGUCGUCUGCUGUCAACAGGAGAAUAUUCAACAACGCAGUUCUACGUCAUAUUUGUUGGAGUCCUCUUUGCCGGUCAAGCUGCUGGACAAUUCUUUGGUUAUUCAACGAGUUUGACGAAAGCAAAGGCAGCAGCCAAUUACGUUCUCUGGCUACGCACGUUGAAACCCGUGAUUAAAGAGGACGAAAACAACAAGAAUGAUGGACCGGAAGGAGAUGGUCAGAUCGACCUUGAAGACGUUGAGUUCCGCUACCGUCAGAGAGACACAGCCAGGGUAUUGCGAGGUAUAUCCAUGGCAGUCAAGCCAGGCGCAUUUGUGGCCUACGUGGGAGCAUCAGGCUGUGGCAAGUCGACGCUGAUAGCACUUCUUGAACGCUUUUACGAUCCAAUAAGUGGUCGCAUCUGCGUGGAUGGCAAGGUUAUCACCAAGAUGUCCCCUCGGCUAUACCGUAGCCAGAUGUCCUUGGUACAGCAAGAACCAACACUUUACCAGGGGUCAGUACGGGACAAUGUCUCACUCGGACUUGACUAUGAACCACCGGAGGAAGAGCUCAAAGAAGCCUGCCGGAAAGCCAAUGCAUUAGAUUUCGUCGUGUCCCUUCCGGAAGGAUUCGACACGCCUUGUGGGUCGCGGGGAAUGCAAUUUUCUGGGGGUCAACGACAGCGCAUCGCGAUCGCACGCGCGCUAAUACGAAACCCACGACUCCUAUUACUCGACGAAGCAACGUCGGCGUUGGAUACACAGUCGGAACGAUUAGUACAGGCGGCUCUAGACGAGGCUGCGGUGAACCGAACGACGAUUGCAGUGGCGCAUCGUCUAUCCACCAUUCGAAACGCAGACACGAUAUUUGUGUUUGCCAAUGGUAGGAUCGCAGAGAUGGGCACGCAUGCCGAGCUGCAGAAACUCAAAGGCAGAUAUUAUGAAAUGUGUUUGGCGCAAUCUUUGGACAAGGCAUGA